GUACGUGUAUAUUUGCUUAGCGGAAAUUUCGAAAAUAAAGGCCGCAGCUUCACGUCAUCGACAGAGGAGAAAAUGGCAACGAAAGGCGAUACGGGAUCUACGUGUAACAUUUCUUUAAAUGGCUUUGUCACUCAAACUAUUAAAAGUAGAAUAGUUACAGAGAUCCUAAAAUACCUUCUUUACCACCGAGAACAAAUACCUCUGCCAUUUGAUCAGCUAUAUUUUCAGUAUGAGCGACCGGAAGUUCAAUCAAAUGACAACAAACAUACCCUGUUCAAGAAGCGGAUGACACAGUUACUCAAGGAAAGUCAAGAUCUGUUUGUGAAUAUAGAUUCUCUCUUCCAGGAUACCGAUGUAUCUCAUAUCAUUGUCCUCCUUGGUUCUACAGUCAUAAGCCCAAAGGAGGUGUAUCACAUACGAUUCUUGAACAAUGAACAAACAGCUCAAACACUCUCAGUGAAACAUUGUGUUAGGAGUGUUGCAAGGUCCCUCAUCACAAGUUCUCCGCUUGGAGACAGCCCUCUGCCACCCCUCACAAACAUGGUCAUCACUGCCCAUGCUCCUAGAUCCUGUAACCCAACCUGGUUCAAGCCCAAGGCCAACUUCAAAGUGCCAAAGAUGGGUCGUCAUUGCAACAUUGACAUUAGCUGUGGAAUGAUGCACAGUAGAGUGUCUUCUGAAGAACACAUCUGGAUGCAGACACCAUCUGGUAUCAAAGGACUCAAAGACACAGUAUCACCUAAAGCUGCAAGUGACCUUUGGUGCAGUUGAUAGAGAUCCAAAAGCUGUGUUCAAUUCACAGUAACAUUCAACUUAUAGAGAAAAAAAAUAGCUAAAAUAUGAGUGAUCAGUGCUGGCAAAGAAAACAAUAUCAAUGCUGAUUUGAAUCUAUGGUUUCAAUUAUUUCUAUUUUUAAAUCAGUGCUUAAAAUCACUUUGUUUUGAGUGACUUUUUAAAAGUUUGAUAACACAAUAGCCCACCUUGUGACUGAUAAUAUAUGAUUCCUUUUUUUACCUGGCACUAAUAUCCAUAUAUAAUGGUGUGAUAACAUACAUAAUUAGCCACUUUUUAAAAUGUGAAUAAUAUACGUCUAUUUGCGUAACAAGAAUGUGGGAAUGUAGAUUAUACAAUUUGUUAGAUUUUUUAUCUUUUCCAUUUUUGUUGAAGGUCUGAGAGUAAAAUAUAAUAGUUAAUUAGAAUGUUUUCCUCACCAUCAUAUUUAAAAGAGUAUUGUAAAUGUCUUCCAUGAAGAGAUUGUGGUUUUCUACAUUUGUUAUAUCCUUCAUCCUUAAAUAUCAGGACCUAUGAGGUGAUCUAUAUGUAACUAUCUUGAAUAUUCUGAUGAGGAAAUUAAUUGAAUCCAAUUAUUAUUACAAAAAUAAAUGUAAAGUUUAUAUUCAAGAAAGUAUUUCAGAAUAUUCAAGAAUAUAUUCAAUAUAUAUUCAAUAUAUUCAAUAUAUUCAAGAAAGAGAUGCGAUAUUGUGCCUGUAAAAUUACAUCUAUUAACAGUGUGUGCAUAACUUUGAUUCCAAAUGUAUUAAUGAUUAUUCUAUGGAAGAAGCUGAGAGCUAAUUAUAUAUCAGGGUGUUUUAGAUUUAAUUUUCUUUGUAGAUUUUUUUUCUUCUUUUCUUCAAUUAUCUUUACUUUGAGAGACUCAUUCAACAGAAUGAAAUUUCUGAUUUCGAACAUUUUCAUAUCAUGGCAUAUUUUACUGUCUUCCCCCCCCCCCCCCUCCCCUGUCUAUCUCUAUGAAAGUACCUCUCCUUUCUUUUACUAGGCGUUGUGGCGUGGGCCUGUAAUCCAGCUAACAGUGGAAGUUACAAACUGAUUCAGCCUAGGACGCAGGUUCGAAGCUGAGUCACGUCUUUCGGAUGGUGACGUUAACGGUCGGUCCCCAGACGUAAAUAAUCAAAUCUGAUUGAUACACGUCUGUAAAAACCCAAUACACACACACUACUUGUUCUUGGUCUAUAUAUGACUCUGACACUGACUGAGGUCAAUUGGAUCAAAUGACCAGCUUAAUUUAUCUAACAAAUUGAUUGAAAUAAUUAUUUGCAUUGCCUUUAUUUAGAUGUUUUAGAAUUAUUAUUUUAAUGUCUUUACAUUGUUCUACACAAGCUGCAUAUAUGUGUGCAGCAAUAUAAAAUGUUUUUUUAGCAGAGGAACUGGUUAUAAAUCUUACAUAUACCACAUUUCUCCAAUAAAUGUUUUGGCAAUUGGCAUACCAAUUUACUGAAUAUUUACUCCAUUGACAUGUUGGCACAAAAGAUUAUCACAUAGUCUAUGUCAUCCAAGUUUACUAUAAUCCUGUCUCUUAUUUGAUUUGAUUUGAUUCAUUGGUUUCUGCAUCUUUUUUUCAUCAUACAUUCUCAUGAAAAUAAUUUGGUUUAAUUCAACAUUUCAUAUGUACAGGUAUACAGAAAAUAUAUGAAAUUAAACAAUUAUAUUGAAUGCAUAAUGAACAUUGAAUUGAUAUGUAUUAAAUUAAUAUUGGCAAAAGUUUGCAUACUUUGAAGUAGGUUAUAAGUAAAUUGUUUCUGUUUUAACCUCCCUUUCACUUAAGGCCAUCUCUUCACUUCCAUAGCAUGUAGAUAAGAUCCUCUAGUAGGCACUCUCUAUCAAGGAGAAGGGUAGCCAUUUUACUGUGUGAAGUACUCAUUUAUUAUAUUGGAAAAUGUGUUGCUCUCAUAUUAUUUUUGUUUAUCUUGGUCAGGUUUUCUGAAUUGUUAGUCUUCAUUCAAACCAGAUAUAUGUACUACUUAUUACUACUGCCAAAGGACUUGAUUUAUUUGUAAAAGUUGCAGUAAUAUGUGUAUGAUUGUGAUAACUUUCAGUCAAGUUACAAUACAUGUAAUUGGUUUCAGUAUGGGCAAGUUAGUGGUGCUGCACCUACUUUUUAUACAUAGAAAACAGCUUGGGAGAUAUAGCCAAGAUAAAAUACAUAAAAGCAAUCAAUUUCAAAUAGGACAUAUCAAUAUUAUGCUGUAGACACAAUUGAAUGUUGCUAUAAAAGAUAAACGGCAGCUUCUUUUUUUCCCCUUACAAAAGUAGACCAUGCCAGUCUAGGAAAAAGACAUGUUGUUCCUUACUAUUUGGGUGAGGGUAUAUGUCGAACAUAAGAUACAUAUUACUUAUAUUUUCUGAUUAUCUCAGGCAUCGGUUGCAAUAGUCCAUUUUUAUAUACGGUAUUUACAUUGCUCAGAAUGAUUAGUCCUAGAAUAUCGAAUAUCAUUGAACAAAUUGACAUGCUAAAACUCUGUCUUUGUUCAAUAGUGGACUUAGUGGUGUUGAAUAUGUAUAAUGGAUUGAUAUACUAAUCAUUUGUUCUUCCAUGCUAUGGUUUUAUUCACUGUUUUUAUAGGAAAAAAGUGUGUUUGAUUCCUGAUGAAUUUGCAAUCAUUUUUUUGAAUUUCUGAUAUACUUAGAAAUAUGUUCUAUCAUGAUUGUUAAUAAAUUAAAUCAAUAGAAUUACA